AUGCCCGAAGCCUCCAACCUCGUCAAACCCGAAGAGAUCCGCAUCGACGGCGAAAAAGACACCACCUGGGUUCCCUGGGCCAACAUCCACUUCAAACCCCUUCGUUUCGAACCCCGUACUGGCCUCGUCGUCGCCAUCCUUAAAGCCGGUCCCGACUCCUCCCCCAACACUGAGAGCGUCCCGAAGCACAGGCACCGUGGUCCUGUGACGGCUUUUGGUCUUAAGGGAGAGUUCGAGUAUCUCGAGCGCGGAUGGAAAGGCAAAGCGGGCGAUUACGUUGUCGAGAGCCACGGUGCGGUGCAUACGUUGUUUAUGCACCCGGGUACGGAGGUGUUGGUUACGGUUAUGGGAUCAAUUGAAUAUUUGAAUGAAGAAGGGGAAGUUGCGAAUACGAUUGAUGUGGGUACUUUCAUGGGGUUGUACAAGGAGUUUUGUGAGAAGGAGGGGAUUGAGUUUAAUGAAAGUUUGAUCUUUUGA